AUGGUGAUCGAAAAUUUAGCUUAUUCAAACAAGAGGGAGGUGGCUUUGAAUGUUCAUGUAAUUUCGGUUCGAUACCUCACACGUCUCGUGCAUGCGGUCUAUGAAGCAGCUAUGCCUAAUGUUCAGUUUGAUGAAAAUAUUACCGACUUAUGUCCCGAGACUAAACUGAAUUUGUGUCGAUUUCUUCAAAACGCGCCAAUUAAAAAUAUGCUUUUAAAGGACGGACGCCGUAUCACUGAUGCAACGGUCUGGAGAGACUUGAACAAAGAGUUAAUUCUUCCUGCUAUGAGCGAUGAUAAUGCUCGAACAUAUUCCCUGAUCCAAGCCUACUUGAAAAGUGGAGAUGAUUCAGUGAGAAAAUUCCUGGCCUCCGAAUGUGAUUCCACUGAAGUAAUAGGCGAUGGAACGAUUAAUCUCUCUCGUGCCGUCUCCAACAACUCUGUCGCUACCGUCGAACUCCUUCUUCAGCGUGGCGCCGAUCCUAAUGUUGACGAAGAAAAGCCCGAGUCAACUCCUCUCAUAGAAGCCGCUAAGGAGGGCUUCGAACAGGUGAUGGAGGUCCUUCUCAAGUACAGGGCCUCGGUUGAGCAAACCACCGCUGCCGGUUACACGGCACUUCAUUACGCUGCCGCAAAUGGUCAUCUGACCUGUGUGAAACUCCUUCUAAGGCAUGGAAGUCCACUGGAAGAGCAAAAUGAGAAUGGUCAUACGCCUCUGAUGGAAGCCACCAGCAAUGGACACAUUGAGGUUGCUCGAUGCUUAAUUGAACAUGGCGCCAACAUCAACACCCAUUCGACAGAAUUCAAGGAAUCUGCUCUUACUCUCGCCAGCUACAAGGGUCACGCAGAAAUGGUAAAAUUCCUCCUGGACGCUGGCGCCUCACACGAACACCGGACCGACGAGAUGCACACAGCCCUCAUGGAAGCAGCCAUGGAAGGUCAUGUGGAGGUGGCCAGGCUAUUGCUUGACCACGGAGCCAAUGUGAACAUUCCACAAGACAGUUUUGAGUCGCCGCUGACCCUGGCCGCCUGUGGGGGUCACACGGAGCUUGUGCACCUCCUUAUCGGCUAUGAAGCAGACAUUGAGGAAGUCAAUGAUGAAGGCUACACGCCUCUUAUGGAGGCUGCUAGAGAGGGUCACGAGGAUACUGUCGCCGUCCUUCUGGCUGCCGGAGCCGACGUCAACGCAAAGACUGAAGAGACUCAGGAGACGGCGCUAACCCUAGCAGCAUGCGGUGGGUUCGUGGAAAUCUGUGAAAUAUUAUUGAAGGCCGGAGCGGAUAUAGAAGUUGGCAGCAACGGUUGCUCUACGGCUCUUAUGGAGGCAGCUCAAGAGGGCCAUUUGGAGCUGGUGCGUCGUCUGCUGCAUCAGGGAGCCAACCUCCAUGCAAUGACGACGUCCGGUGACACAGCUCUUCACUACGCGGCUGAGAACGGUCACUUGAAAGUUUGCAAGGAGCUGAUCAACUGGGGCGCUGGUCCCAAUCAACCCGUUGUAAUUGAGGGCGCCAAAACGCCUCUCAUGAAAGCAGCACGCGCUGGCCACCUGGAUGUCGUCCAACUUCUCGUUGAAUGUGGUUUUCCAGUGAACCAGACUACCACCCAGAAUGACGCUACCGCCCUCUCCCUUGCCUGCAACGGGGGUCACGCACAAGUGGUUGAAUACCUCCUUCGUAACGGUGCCGACCCGACUCACGAACUGCGCGACGGUUGUACAAUGGUCAUCGAAUGUGCACGAUCCGGUUCGCCAACGGUCGCUAGACUCAUCAUUGACUACCCUCUUAGUCUCACAAUGGCCCUCACUGCAACUCCUGCUCCUACGCCUCAAUCACUCCACCAGCCUCCUCCACCUCCGCCAUUACAGCAACCACUGCAGCAACUCCAGAAUGGUGCUCCGGGAGGCAUUCCCAUGGAGGCUGCAACUGCGGUAAUGCAUCAGCAUGCAGCUGCUGCGGCGGCUGUUGCUAUGCAUCAGCAACAGCAUAGGGGUGGGAUGCAGCCUCUUCCUGCACCCAACCCGCAAUUGAAGGAGGCUUUGGCAAACGCUUAUGCUGCAGGGUGGGCAGAUGGAGCUGCUUCAAGGACGCAGCAGCAGGCUGCCUCCCUCCAGGUUUGUGGGGAUGCUCACGUCUGCCCAGCUUUGGAGAAAACGCAGAAAUUGCAGAUCAAGGUUGGGGAUAAAGCCGCUGCGUCGAAGACAGUAGUAGGGGAUGAGGCUGCUGUUGAUAGUCUCGCGGAUUUACCACAUAUUCCUUGUACUGAUGAAUUUAGCUCUAGACUCAUGGCACUUUUCCAUGAAUGGAAAGGCGACAGUACUGAAUUCUUGCACCGCCUUGGAAGUGUUAUGGCUUGUCCGGUUAACAACGCUGGCGCUGUUCGUGCGUCUGGUAGUGUUGGUGCUGCCAUCAACUGCGCUAGUUCUGGAGGUUCAGAGGCGUCUGCAAUAGCCACUGGGGCUUUCACCAAUCAGCAGCGUCUCAUGAAAUGCGCUGGUAGCGGGGAUUUCAUGGACGUCUUUGCUCCCCCACCGCCGCCUCCACCGACCAACACGUCAUCUCCAACGACUACGACAACUUUCACUUCCACCACUACCUCGUGUUCGUCCUCAACAUCUUCUUCAUCAGGUGCUGCGGCUGGUCGCGGUGUCACAUCCACUAGGAGUUCAGGAAGCACUUCCAGUAGCAGUGGUAGUAGCAGCAGUAUUCUCAGUUCAAGCACCCAACUCAUCGACGUUCAUUCGGUCGUAACUCCGCCAACAGCUGGGGUCUACUAUCAACAGCAAGGAGGGGUGUGUCCUCUGGAAGUUGCACUGCGCCAGCAACCACCUGGAGCGGUUGCUAUCGCCCCUCCACCGCUAGCAACGUCAGCUAAAUCCGUCGCGGGAUCGAUAGAUCCUGCUCUCUACGAUCAGCUGAUGAGCUGCCCCGCAUCAGCUAGCACCGUUGGCACACAACCCUCACCACCACCGCCACCUCCACCACCACCGCCGCCUCCGACCAACGUUUUACCUCCUGCCACGGCAUCCGCACCACAAGUGGACAUCAACGCGUGCACCGAGUCCUCUAAUGAGUCUGCACUCACCUUAGCUUGUAGCGGGGGAUUCGUGGAUCUGGCUCGACUCCUGCUGGAACGAGGUGCUGACAAGGAGCAUCGAGAUAAGAAAUCCCACACACCUCUCCACACCGCCGUCUACUCCAGUCAGCGUGCCAUCGUGACUCUGCUCCUCGAUUACGGCGUGGAUAUCGAAGCUCAGGUGGAUCGUACCAAGGAUACCGCUCUAUCGAUCGCUUGUUCUCAUGGUCGUUUGGACAUUGCCGAGGAUUUACUGAAUCGCGGGGCAAACAAAGAGCACCGAAAUUUUUCCGACUACACGCCGCUUAGUCUAGCAGCGUCCGGUGGUUUUGUUGACGUAAUCCAAUUAUUACUGCGUCAUGGUGCAGAGAUAAACUCGCGAACAGGCUCAAAAUUGGGCAUCUCGCCGUUAAUGUUAGCCUCAAUGAACGGCUAUACAGAUGCAGUUCGGGUCCUUCUAGAGCACGGCUCUGACAUCAACGCGCAGAUUGAGACGAAUCGCAAUACUGCACUCACUCUGGCUUGUUUCCAGGGUCAGCAUGAGGUUGUGAAGUUGUUGGUGGAGCGCAACGCCAACAUUGAGCAUCGCGCCAAGACGGGACUAACUCCCCUUAUGGAAGCGGCUUCGGGUAACCAUGUGAAGGUUGGAUGUAUUCUCCUGGAGCAUGGGGCCGACGUCAACUCUCUCCCAGUGCUCAGUUCUAGAGAUACUGCCUUGACAAUCGCGGCCGACAAAGGGAAGACGGAGUUUGUCGAGCUGUUGUUAAAGCAUGGCGCCAUAGUGGAAGCCCGGAAUAAGAAGGGUGCGACCUCACUGUGGCUGGCCUGCAAUGGAGGCCACCUGGAGGUUGUAGAACGGCUGAUAUCUGCUAAAGCGGACGUGAACAGCCAGGACAACCGCAAGGUCAGCUGUCUCAUGGCGGCGUUCCGCAAAGGUCAUGUGAAGGUCGUCAGUCUGUUGGUGCAACAUGUCACUCAAUUUCCCUCCGAUAAGGACUGCCAGCGUCACAUCAAAGUCGUUGCGCAUGAUAAGGUGACAAAUUGUAUCUACGACAUUGAAAUGAGACGCCUCAGUCGCUCAUCUAUGUACGCCAAUAGUUUCUCCGGUUACCCGCCUUGCCGCCUUCUAUUGGUGGGUUGGCGCGCACGUGGUGGCGAUGUUGCUCGUCUUGUUUGUGUCUCGCACCAACCAGGUGCAUUAGUCACUCAUUGCGGCGCGCCAAUCACAACGCUAGUUCAGCAAGCCCUGUGUCUUUAUUGGGAACAGGGCGGGAGUGCGAAAUUGUUGGAUUUUCAUCAUCCCCUCCAUGCUCGUGGUGCCAUGCUGACCCAUCGGCUUUCCGCUGCCACGGCUAAGAAGCCACCUUCGGAGUUACUUUAUCCUCUUUCCUCGAAACUCGAUCACCUCAGUCUCUUUCCCCAGGCGUCACUGACGAUGACAACGUCGCAGUCGAACAGUGGAGGUGGAAACGAUUGUUUACAGCAGAAUGUGGGAGUGCUUUUUGGCAUUGAGCCUGUUCCUGUCUCCUCUGUUUCACCGCCCCUUGUUAGGGCGUCCUUUAUACUCAGGGAUACAAUAAACGCUAAUUUCGAUGAGUUGGCAGAAAGGUGUCAGCAGUGCCGGAAGAUCAUUUCAGCUGCAAAAGAGAAACAAGAAGGAGAAGCGAGGAAAAAUGCCAGCGUUUUAUUGGAACAGAUUGAACAAGAGGAGGAGGAACGCGCCAAUAAGGAAGCGAUGCAGGCACGGAAACGAGAGAGGAAGCGUAAUAAGCGGAGGGCGAAACAGGAGGCCGCAGCAGCUGCUGAGGCUGCCAAGGAGAAAGCUGCUGCUGCAGCCGCCGCUGCUGCUUCUGAAGUCGCCUUGAAAAAUAUCCCUUCGACUAAAUUAACUGAAGAGCAAUCUUCUGCAAAACAAGCCGAGAUCAUUCCUGAGGAAGAAGAAUCUAUCCCUGUUGAACAACCUGGCCAGAAUAAACUUUCGUUGUCUUCCAAUAAUGCUGCUGAAGCUCCUCCUGUAAGCUCUGAACAACAGCAACAGCGCAAAUUUGAACCUGCGUCUUCGAAGAAGAAGAACAAACACCAGACUCCUCAGGCGCAAACGGCCGAGCAACCGAGCCAAAAAGAACUUGAUACGAGUAAAUCCAUGCCUUCUCAAUCCAACUUUACUGAGGCGAAACGCGAGAAGAACCGCUCCAAGAGACAGUCACAACAACAACAACAACAGCAGCAGUCUCAGCGAACCAAGUCUAUUGCUACUCAGCAGACUCUUGAAGCUGCCAUGUCGCCCACGGCAAGCAUCACAACCGCAGAGGCCGAAGUAGGUGAUUCUGUGUUGUGGGAUGCCUCCGCUUUUGAUCAUUCCUCCGAUUCCACCGCGGGAAAUGAUUGGUUGGUCGCUCAACCCACUAGCAGUAACCGAAGCCAUCGUGUUCCUACUUCCAUGGUUAGCCAAACUGAUACCUUCUCCGGAAGUGACUGGAGGACCAGUGGUUCUUCCGGAUCUGGCGGCUCAGCGAAACGGAAGAUCGCAAUAUCUGUGUCGAAGCAUGAUAUUGGUAAGAUCAUCGGACAAGGUGGGGCCGUUGUGAGUGCUCUUCGUAGUAUGUCUGGUAUCCAGAUUGAUAUUGAAAGUGCGCGAGGUGAUGAGGUGACAGAGAGAAUGGUUUACCUAAAAGGACCCGGAGAAAUUGUUCAUCGGACCUACCAGAUGAUUCAGGAUCUCUUGUCUGGUGUUUUGGCUGGAAAUGAAGUUAUAGCAAGGGCUAAAACAACCACUAAAAUGGGUACAAACUCUUCAUUUUCCACACCCUCCAACGGUGCUAGCCGGGGUGUUGGAGGGGCUGCUUCUGCAUCUCGAAAGAUGGGAUUGGGCGGGGUUAUUUCUUCGACAACGAAAGCUAUCCCACUUCAGAGUCUUCCCGCCCCUCAGCCGCUCAUGAUGGCGAAGGUGACGAAUCCAAACUUAGCUAUUAAGGCAUCCACCUCAAACAACAGUAACGUUUCAAAAAUUGUUGCUUCACAAUCCACCUCUUGGGGUACAUCCAAAACUACGCAGAGGUGCAACUUUGCGUCGGUGGCAGCGGCUGGUGCUGUUUCGUCUCCUCAACAACAACUGCAACAACAGCAGUCGGCCGCGUCCAAGGAGUCUAAGAACCGGAUCAAAUCGUCCACAUCGAUAUUGUCUCCAUCUGCUCAACAACAGCCACCAGCCCAAUCGAAUCCGGUUUCUCUGCUCUCGGUCACCAUCGCUGCUCUUUCGGAGUGUCCCAAGAAUACCUCCAUCUUCUCAACUGCUCCAAUCUCCCUCUUGGAUGAACAGAGUUUCCCACCACUCUCAACCACUUUGGCUUGUAUUGUGUCGAAUUCUACUGCGGUGGCAAACAAAGCCACUGAAUCUGUGCCUGCUCCGCCCCGUAAAUUGAGUUUGCCGACACUGCAGACUGACGCUAGUGCAUCACUCUCUGCUUCAACCUCUUCACCGCCCCUUGCUGCUUCAGCUUCUAGUGCUGGUGCCGCGGCUCCAGGUGGUUGCAGUGGUAUUGGUGGGUUGAUGGACGAGAAACCCCGUAAACCGUCCGAGUCCACUGCAAUCCCAGGUUCUGGAGAUGUGUCCGCACUCCAAAUAUCGAAAUCUCUUCCUGUAUCCCGUCCUCAACCUGCUCCUAUUGGCUCUUCUCGUCCAUUCGCGCGGGCUCCAGGCUCGGAGAGGAGUGCUAAUCGACAUGCCGGGGUCACUUCCGCCACCAUUUCCUCUACCACGUCAGGUGUGACUACUAGUCUAGCUGGGCCUGCUGCAAUGAAACGUGUUAAUCCCACAACGACCGUGGCAUUUGGUGGUAGUGGUGGUGGUAGUGGUGGCGGUGGCAGCGAUUCCCUUUUCCCUAGUCGUCCGAGCAAUACCUCUGGGUCUCUGAAUCCGCUGCCUCAACCACUCGUCACCGUGGAGAAUUUGGAAGCGCUCUUCCCCACCUCCCAACAAUCAAUGCUUCAACCGGCAUCCACGUCGCUGAACCAAUUCGAUGUAAACCCCAACGGCAUGUGGUCCAACUUUGGAACUGCUGGUGGAAACGACGCCUCCUUCUCUUCUUCCUAUGACUAUCUAGGUGGACGUGGCGCCAACCCGAGUACUGCUCCAGGUAGUGGUGUUAAUGCAAAUUCAAACUACGCAAAUCUUCUGCAAAAUCUGGGAGUUCGCAAUUUUGAGUCUGUCGUAAAUGCGGCAAUGAUGGAAGACAAUGGUUUUCCUCCUCACCUCCAGUCAAGUUAUCGUUUAUCACAGCAGAGUCAGCUUGGAAGAGGUGGAGGCGGAAGUGUUGUUUGCAAACCAAACGGUUCUGCUUCAUCCACCACCGCCGCCGACUCCUUCAUGGCUGCAGCUUUUUCCAAUGCUUCGAAUCCGAAUCGGGUUGGUGGCAGCAACAGUGUCUUUGCACAACGCGACUAUGCACUCUUUAACGGCGCUAAUUCUACCUCCUCUAUCAGCAACAGUAACAAUAAUAAUCCCUCGAAUGCUUUCCUUUCGUCUCGACUAAAUCCGGUGAACGGUGCACAACAGAUGGUUCAACAGCCAUCCGGUAAUCUUCAGACCAAAUCACAGCAAGCCUUCUUGCAGCAACAGCAACAUCCGCAACACCAUCACCAGUCCUUAAAUCUGGGAUUGUCAUCCUCUCAGCUACCUCUGGAUCAGUCACUGUACCUCGGAACAAGUGGAAGUGGACAUGCUACCUAUCCUGGACCCGGUAGCACCUUGCCUUCUGGUGGUGGUGGUGGUUGUUCCAACUACGCUUUUUCUUCGGUUGGACGAGUUUAUCCACCCCUACCGCAGCGACAGCAACAGGAAGCCCAAUCGACGACGCCUCAUCCGCAGCCCACUCCGAUUGGAGCUGAACGGCGACGUCCACAGGGUGUCUCUAACCCCCCUGGCGUUGUAACAACAACAACUGACGUAACCAGCCAAUCUGUGGGCGCUGCUCAGAACGUCUUCAAUCCGGUUGCGGCUGCGGCUAACCAGGCGUUUGUAACGCUUCUGCUUCAGCAACAACAGCAACACCAGCAGCAUCAACAAACCUUGCAAGAGCCGACAGUUGGUGGUGGCUCCGCGUGGCCGCAGACUCUGCAGUCAUUGCAGCAUCAAAGCUCCUUUUGGUCACAGGGCUUAUCUGGUGGUCUGGGAGCUUCAAGUGGACCAUCGCAGCAACAACAACAACAGCAAUCCCUGAUGGCGAACGCAGUUGCCGCUCUGGCUAACCUUUGCCCCUGGCCCAACCAACCCGGCGGUCCAGGUGGUGCGCCCGCCAACAAUACUAACAUUAACAACAACAGCAGUAACCCAGCUGCCACAUGGCUGGCAUCUACUCCCUUCCACCAAGCGUCACAGGCGACCUUUCAGUCACCACAAUUGCGUCCCCAACCGACACAAGCGGCUACUGCUACCGCCUCCUCAAUCCCAACACCUUUGCAACCGCCGCCACCGACUUCUGCUGCCGUUGAAGAUCAGCAGGCACCUCCUCCCCCGCCGCCAACGCAGCAGAAGCAGCAUUACGACUCAAAUUACGCUAACCGAACAGAGGGCACCGUUCCACGCGUUGAGGGUGUGAUUUGUCUUAUUAGUGGUGACCUAUAUGUUGAGUUAAUUGACGAUUUCACCACAUAUGAAUGGGCUGUGGUUCUCGUGAAGUAUUGCUAUCAGAUUAUGACAGGAAAAUUAACUUUCUGGCAAGAGGGCCAUCCUGUACGCGCAGAGGUUUUUAAAUUGGUCUGGUCUGGCCUGUGGGCAUUUGGUUUGGGCGGCCUCUCCUCACCCCUGCCCCACGCCACCUUGCAUCGCUUCACUCGCUCAUUCAGUCUUACCUUUGACCUAACCAAGCCUGUGUGGUAUGACUCAUCGCCUUCUCGACGUGCCUUCGAGGCGGUGAGCUAUGUUCGCGACGUUGGCGCCGGCGCUGUUAGCCGCGUCGUCGCAGCGCUUUUACGAGGCGGAUCUAGGGAUUCGAUGCACGACGCUCAAAUGCAUCGCAUCCACUUUGUGAUUUGGCUUGAUGCCAGUCGAAAACAACAGGAGACGGCACGAAACCUCCUGAGCGACUUAAAAACCCUCGUCUAUGAUAACAUAAACUUAAACUCUAAUUGCUGGGACGACAAAAAUUCAUCAUUAAUCCAGCUGGUGGAGGCUCAGUCUCUGGAGCUGGAGGACUUUAAGGCUGAAGUGAUUCAACCCCUAAAUCAGUUGAGGCUAGAGAUUAAGGAAUCUUUGCAAUCGAAUCAAAAUCUAAGAGCUGCCCUGAGGGAUGCUUAUGCAAACAUCGAAGCAGAAACCUUUAAGCUUCUACAACGCGAAGUUGAAAUUGACGCCUUUCCUCUAACGUCCAGACUGGACACUUUUGAGCGGCUGCGAGGAGAAGACCCAGCAGAAGACAAAAGUGGUGGAAUUCCUUCCGAGGCCUGGCAGUGGGACACGCAUGACGAGAAGUUCAGGGCCGAUUUGCUCUCUGAAUUUGUUCACCUUGAUGCUGCUUUUAUCACCAAAAUUGAAAGCGCUAAAAAGGAAUUUUUCAACUUGGAGAAUACUUAUGGUCUUAAAGAAUGGAAAAUAGAAGACUUUCAUCUGGUGGAAUUUCUGUGGGAUGUCUACAACGCAUCAGAGACGCCACGAAAACGCAGAAAUUGCAUUGAUUUCUUAAAGCGUCUCCCCAGUCAUCGUGUAAAGAAGCCUUAUGCAAGUUUCCCGAGUUAUGACGCAAGCACACCCCUGGUAUUUACGCGGUUGUUGGACUUCUUUCGCGAGCACGAUGUGCUCAAAGUGAAAAUGGAGGAUAUUGUUUUGGCGUGGACGAGGGCGCGACAGGAGCUUGCAGAUCGUAUCCAUGUGACAUUGGAAGAUGCCACGGAGGAGUUUCGCAAGAGAAGCCAAGAAAAGGCGAGUGUGGAGAAGCAGAGGAUGUUGUGCCAACAACUCGCUGGAAAGGUUCAAAGGUGGAGGGAGGAGAAGGCAGAACUGGAAGAUUUGGAGUUACGAGCUCGGGAGUCAAACAGGGCUGCCGAGAUGGCGAGGGAGAAAGAGAGACAGGCGAGGGAAGACAGGCGUCGUCAAGCCAUAAAAAAUAAAAUCCAGACACGACGGGAGUCAAAACUUCAAGAGAAAGCAGAAUUCGAAGCUGCUGAGCAUCUGCGGUUGGAAGAGUUACGACGGGUUUUUGAUAGACAACGUCGUCUGGACACCCAACGUCUGCUGGAAAUCGCGAAGAAGCACCUCCAACAGCAGUCUGCUCGUCGAGUGGAGGCCUCUGAAGAGGCGACGAGACAGGCCGAGGCCAUGGAGGCUCGACUGGAAGCCAUACGUGUCAAGGUAUUUCACACAUUUGUUGAUCAGGCAUAG